AUGGGGGUUCCAGGCUGUCUUCCCAGUGCACGGCUCCUCUGCCUGCUUUGCCUGCUCCCACUGCUCCAGGUGGCCAGACCAGGCCAGGUGCCCCAGGACCAGCCCCUGUGGGCCCUUUUGGAGCAGCACUGCCACAGGACCACGACGCUCAUCAAUCUUUCAGGUCUCUACUCCUACUGCAACACGACCUUGGACCAGAUCGGGACUUGCUGGCCCCAGAGCACGCCCGGAGCCCUGGUGGAGAGACCGUGCCCCGAGUACUUCAAUGGCAUCAAGUACAACACGACCCGGAAUGCCUACCGAGAAUGCUUGGAGAAUGGAACAUGGGCCUCCAGGAUCAACUACUCACACUGUGAACCCAUUUUGGAUGACAAGCAGAGGAAGUAUGACCUGCAUUACCGAAUCGCCCUCAUUGUCAACUACCUGGGCCACUGUGUUUCUGUGGUGGCCCUGGUGGCCGCUUUCCUGCUCUUCCUGGUCCUGCGGAGCAUUCGCUGCCUGCGGAACGUGAUCCACUGGAACCUCGUCACCACCUUCAUCCUGAGGAACGUCACAUGGUUCCUGCUGCAGCUCAUCGACCAUGAAGUGCACGAGGGGAACGAGGUCUGGUGUCGCUGCAUCACCGCCAUCUUCAACUACUUCGUGGUCACCAACUUCUUCUGGAUGUUUGUGGAGGGCUGCUACCUGCACACGGCCAUCGUCAUGACGUACUCCACCGAGCACCUGCACAAAUGGCUCUUCCUCUUCAUUGGAUGGUGCAUCCCCUGCCCCAUUAUUGUCGCCUGGGCGGUUGGCAAACUCUACUAUGAGAACGAACAGUGCUGGUUUGGGAAGGAACCUGGUGACUUGGUGGACUACAUCUACCAGGGCCCCAUCAUCCUCGUGCUCUUGAUCAAUUUUAUAUUUCUGUUCAACAUCGUCCGGAUCCUGAUGACAAAAUUACGAGCAUCCACCACAUCUGAGACAAUCCAGUACAGGAAGGCGGUGAAGGCCACGCUGGUCCUCCUCCCCCUGCUGGGCAUCACCUACAUGCUCUUCUUCGUCAAUCCUGGAGAGGACGACCUGUCCCAGAUUGUGUUCAUCUAUUUCAACUCUUUCCUGCAGUCCCUCCAGGGUUUCUUUGUGUCUGUUUUCUAUUGCUUCUUCAAUGGAGAGGUGCGCUCAGCCCUGAGGAAGCGAUGGCACCGUUGGCAGGAUCAUCAUUCCCUCCGAGUGCCUGUGGCCCGGGCCAUGUCCAUCCCCACAUCGCCCACCAGGAUCAGCUUCCACAGCAUCAAGCAGACAGCCACGGUGUGACCCUCUGGCCUCCAUCACUACACCACUGAGGCGGCGUCCCCAUCCUCUACAGCCUUCCCCUGGGUCCUCCUUGCUACACUGACCCUUGGGGUGCAGGAAAAGGAGGAGAGAGAUCCACUCUCCAGCCUGGAAGGAAAGGAACGCUUUGGGAGGGGGCUCUGAAGGACCAGGGCCCAGUGCAGCCACAAGUCUGCAAGCAAGAGGGAGCAGAGGGCUGCUGCAGACCCCUCAAAAAGAGAGGCUCUCACAUCCUCAAGGCUUUGCACACCCAGCCUCUUGCAGAUCCUCACUGUAGCACCAUUUGCAUAUGAAGAAAUGGAGGUGCAGAGCAGGCAAGGGCCUGGCCAAGUCACACAGUUACUUGUCCCACUCACAGCACCCAUAGUUGGCUCUGCUCCUUGAUUUCUGGCUCCGUACUUAGGGGUGCCCUCUGUAGGUGGAGGAGACAAGAAUUAACUUAUCUGGCUUCAUCCCAGGGACUGUCUAGCAGAGAAGCCUCCC